AUUAUUAUGACCUGGGAAGCUUUCCGGUUAUGGCUAAUGCUCAGGAGGAUUUCAAUGUUCAGGACGAUGGGCAGCAGCAAGAUGCGGGCAUGGGCGAGCUCUUGGCUGUUUUGGGUUACAAUGUUCGGUCGUCGGACAUGGUGGACAUGGCUCAGAAGCUGGAGCAGCUUGAGAUGGCUAUGGGUAAUGCUCAGGAGGAUGGGGAGAAGAGCAGCAAGCGGAUGAAAACGGCGUCGUCGUGUUCUUUGUCAUCGACGCAACAAGUACAGGAGAAUUGGUUGGCGAGUGUCGCCGAGUCGACUCGGCCGGUUGUAGUGGUGGACUCGCAGGAAACGUGUGUGCGACUGGUUCGCACCUUGAUGGCUUGUGCAGACGCGGUUCAACAGGACAAUAUGAAGUUGGCAGAUGCACUGGUGAAGCACAUAGUCCUGCUGGCGGCGUCCCAAGCUGGCGCUAUGAGAAAGGUCGCCACCUACUUCGCAGAAGCUCUGGCUCGUCGAAUCUACAGAAUCUACCCUCAAGACUCUCUGGAAUCGUCUUACUCGGAUAUUCUCCAGAUGCACUUCUAUGAGGCCUGCCCCUACCUCAAAUUCGCCCACUUCACAGCCAAUCAAGCCAUCCUCGACGCCUUCGCCGGCGCCAACAGAGUUCAUGUCAUCGAUUUCGGCCUGAAACAGGGGAUGCAGUGGCCGGCUCUUAUGCAGGCCCUAGCAUUGCGCCCUGGUGGCCCACCGGCCUUUCGACUCACUGGAAUUGGCCCUCCGCAGCCGGACAAUACCGACGCGUUGCAGCAAGUGGGAUGGAAGCUGGCCCAAUUGGCUGAUACCAUAGGCGUUGAGUUCGAAUUCAGGGGAUUCGUGGCGAACAGCUUGGCGGAUCUGGAGCCAUCCAUGCUCCAAAUCCGGCCGCCAGAGGUGGAGGCCGUGGCGGUGAACUCCGUGCUGGAGCUGCAUCGCCUGCUGGCUCGACCGGGGGCCAUCGAGAAGGUGUUGUCGUCUAUCAAAGCCAUGAAGCCGAAAAUCGUGACGGUAGUGGAGCAAGAGGCGAGCCACAACGGGCCGGUGUUUCUGGACAGAUUCACGGAGGCGCUGCACUACUACUCGAACCUGUUCGACUCACUGGAAGGGUGCGGGGUUUCGCCACCGGGUAGCCAAGACCUGAUGAUGUCGGAGAUAUACCUGGGGCGGCAGAUAUGCAACGUGGUGGCGUGUGAAGGAGCGGAGCGGGUUGAGAGGCACGAGACACUGAGUCAGUGGAGGAGUCGGAUGGGCUCAGCAGGGUUCGACCCGGUUCACCUGGGCUCCAACGCCUUCAAGCAGGCGAGCAUGCUGUUGGCUUUAUUCGCGGGUGGGGACGGGUACAGAGUGGAAGAAAAUAAUGGGUGUCUGAUGCUUGGCUGGCACACUCGUCCCCUCAUCGCCACCUCCGCGUGGCAACUCAACUCCAACUUCAACCCCACCUCCACCUCUGCUCAUUCUCUCCUGAGUCUCUCUGACUUGACUCUCCAUUCCUGAUUUUUCUCUCUUCUUGCUAGUUUGUAAUCUAUUUGCUUAGAUAUUUUUCCUUAAUUAUCAUAUCCAGGGUGGACCGAUGGAUUGUGUAUCUAGCUAUUAUUAUAUUUCUCACUUUUUAAUAAAAAGGUAAGGUAGUCUCAGUUCUCACUUCUCUGGCGGAGAGCGGAGAUGGGAGACGGGAGACGGUAGGCGGUAGAUGUUCCAAUUUC